UGUAAUAAAGGCUCAUUUUUUCUCAUCUGCAGAUUCACUUACAGUGCUCAUAUUAGCAAAUCUCAGAAGCUUAUAUUACUCAAGAACAGUAAAGUUGAAGUUUCUUUACUUUUAACCAUUUUUGUUGUGAAAGUGAUUAUAUUAUUCUUCACCUUUUUUUUAUACGAGUUUUUUUAUUGAGGAAUUUUUUUUAUAAAUUUUUACUAAUUUUUUCACAUAUUUUACAGGUGAUUCUAAAUGAGAAAGCUAACAAAAUCGUUGAAGAUUACUGGCGUCAGAUCAAAUGCAGAAAAUUCUACUGAUGUUGAAAGGUCUAUCUCUUCAAAUGUUGUGGAGAAUGUAGAUAGUGUUGUUGAUUUUGAAGACAAUGGUUCGAAAUUUAUCAUUAUUGAUAAAUUUAAAAAGCAAAAGAGAUCUUUUUGUGUAUCUUCAUCUCCAAGUGAUAAUUCCAUUAUUGAUCGUCGCAAGAAGAAGAAAGUUGAAAGUCAAGAAUAUUGGGAUAUUGGAGAUGUUGUUCAUGAAUGUGAACAUUGUUUUGCAUUUUUUUGGUAUGAAGAAAGAUUGGCGAAGACUGUUAAUUCUACAAAACCCAAAUAUUCAUUGUGUUGCAUGCAUGGAAAAAUUGAACUUCCAAAAGCUAUGUGUCCGCCAAAAGUAUUAUAUGAUCUUAUUUUUGGAAAUAAUGCCAAAAGUAAGCAUUAUCUCCAAAAUAUUAGAUCUUAUAAUAAUAUGUUUGGAUUCACAUCAAUGGGUGGUAAAAUUGAUCACUCGAUAAAUCAAGGCAAUACCCCUCCGAUUUUUCGAUUGCAUGGGCAAAACUAUCAUCUCAUUGGUAGUUUGAUGCCUAUGGAAGGUUGUCCUCCAAAGUUUGCGCAGUUGUAUAUCUAUGACACAGAUAAUGAAGUUCACAAUAGAAUACUUUCAGUGAGGGAUGUUGGAAAUUUUAAUGAAUUACAUACUGAAAUUGUGCGUGAUUUGCAAGCAAUGCUUGAUGAACAAAAUGUGUUGGCGAAGUCAUUUAGGAUGGCUAAGGAUCGAUUAAGGGAUGCAAUCCAGCCAGAUGUGAAAUUGAGAUUGAUUAGUGAAAGAGGGAAAGAUGCUCGAACUUAUAAUUUGCCGUCUACGUCCGAAGUAGCUGCACUUAUUGUUGGAGACAUAGAUGAUUCAAUGGGCAAUAGAGAUAUUGUUAUUGAGUUCAAGAGUGGAAAAUUGAAACGAAUUAAUGAGCUUCAUCCAUCGUAUCUUGCAUUACAAUAUCCAUUGUUGUUUCCAUAUGGAGAAGAUGGGUAUAAAUGUGACAUUCCAUUUGCAAAGGGUGUUGAAGAAAGCAAAUUUUCGCGGAAGAAAAUAAGUGUGAAGGAAUUUUUGGCCUAUCGAUUGCAUGAAAGACGUGGAGAAUUUUCUAUAUUGUUCUAUUGUCGACGUUUGUUUCAGCAGUUUAUUGUUGAUAGUUACACUAUGGUGGAAGCUGGUAGAUUGAACUUUUUUCGUUAUAAUCAAAAUAAAUUGCGAUGUGAUAUGUAUAAAGGUUUAGCAGAUGCUUUGAUACGAGGUGAGAGGGAUCCAGCUAUGCAGGGAAAACGAGUGAUUUUGCCGUCUUCUUUCAUUGGUGGUGCACGAUAUAUGAUUCAAAAUUACCAAGAUGCUAUGACUAUUUGUAGUUGGGCUGGAUAUCCGGAUUUGUUUAUCACUUUUACUUGCAAUCCAAAGUGGCCAGAGUUAGUUAGAUAUCUUGAUGCUAAAGGUCUAAAGUCAGAGGAUCGGCCCGAUAUAGUUUCCAGAGUUUUCAAAAUAAAGUUAGACAAUCUAAUUCAUAGUGUUCGCAAUGAUCGAGUAUUCGGUGUGGUCCGAGCAGUUGUUUACACAAUUGAAUUCCAAAAACGAGGAUUGCCACAUGCGCAUAUUUUGCUAUUUAUGGCAAAAGAGGAUAAACAUCCUGAUGCUGAAGAUAUAGAUAAGAUCAUUUCAGCGGAAAUUCCAGAUCCAAUAGAUGAUGCUCAAUAUUAUGAAGCUGUUAAAGAAUUCAUGGUUCAUGGUCCAUGUGGUGCCCUCAGAAUUUCAUCGCCGUGUAUGAUGAAUGGUCGUUGUACGAAGUAUUUUCCAAAGAAAUAUGUUGAUGCAACAACUGUUGAUGAUGACGGAUAUCCUGUAUAUAGAAGGCGGAAUAAUGGGCGCGUUAUAUUGAAGAAUGGUAUAUCUUUGGACAAUAGAUAUGUUGUGCCUCACAAUCGUGGUUUGCUUUUGAAGUAUGGUGCUCAUAUUAAUGUAGAAUGGUGUAAUCAAUCACGAUCGAUCAAGUAUUUAUUCAAGUAUAUUAAUAAAGGCAAUGAUCGUGUUACUGCAUCAUUUUAUAAUUCAAGCGAAGAAGAUGAUGAAGGGAGGGGCAUAGAUGAGGUGAAUCAGUAUUAUGAUUGUAGAUACAUCUCACCAUGUGAAGCUGCUUGGAGAGUAUUUGGAUUUGAAAUCCAAUACAAAAAACCUUCUGUGGAGAGAUUGAGUUACCAUUUACCUGGUGAGCAUGCGGUUAUAUUUUCAGAGGCAGAUCGGCUUGAAAAUAUUUUGAAUAGGGAAACUAUUCAUGAAAGUAUGUUCUUAGGUUGGUUUGAAGCAAACAAAAUGUAUGCAGAAGCUAAGGAGUUUACAUAUCCUGAAUUUCCUACAAAAUUUGUUUGGAAAAUUACGGAAAAUCAUCGGAGAUGGGAACCAAGGAAACAAGGAGUUUCUAUAGGUAGAUUGUAUUAUGUUCCACCAGGUUCGGGUGAAUCAUUUUACUUAAGAUGUUUGUUGAAUAUUGUUCGAGGUGCGACUUCUUAUGAGGAUAUUAGAUGUGUAAAUGGUGUACAAUAUUCAACAUUUCGUGAGGCUUGCUAUGCUUUGGGUUUGUUAGAAGAUGAUAAAGAAUAUAUUGAUGGGAUUGUUGAAGCAAGUAAUUGGGCUUCUGCUUCAUCUUUGAGAAGGUUAUUUGUGACGUUGCUUACUUCAAGUUCCAUGAGUCGGCCUGAAAAUGUGUGGAGCAGUACUUGGAAUUUAUUAGGCGAUGAUAUCUUAUAUCAACAGAGAUUGGUAUUACGAUAUCCAGAUUUGAAGCUUACAGAUAUUGAAAUUCAAAAUUUUACAUUGGUUGAAAUUGAGAAGUUAUUGGGUGAGCUUGGUAAGAGUUUGCGUGAUUUUGAAACAAUGCCAUUUCCAUCUUCGGAAUUCUUGGAUAUGAGCAAUGAUAGGUUGAUCUAUGAUGAGUUAGCAUAUGAUCGUGAACAAUUGGCUAAAGAUCAUCUUGAAUAUCUUGAGAAAUUUACUGAUGAGCAGCAUGGAGUUUACAAUACAAUUAUGACUUCAGUGGAAUCUGAGUUUGGUGGUAUAUUUUUUGUGUAUGGGUAUGGAGGAACUGGAAAAACUUUUAUAUGGAAGUCAUUGUCUGCUGCUAUUCGUUCAAAGGGGGAAAUUGUUUUGAAUGUUGCAUCAAGUGGAAUUGCUUCAUUGCUAUUGCCAGGUGGAAGAACAGCGCAUUCACGUUUCAAGAUUCCUAUUAGUAUUAAUGAGGAUUCUAUGUGUAAUAUAAAACCAGGAAGUCCGUUGGCAGAGCUAAUUUUGAUGGCAAAGCUUAUUAUAUGGGAUGAAGCUCCUAUGGUGCACAAGUAUUGUUUUGAAGCAUUAGACAGAAGUAUUCGUGAUAUAAUGCGAGUUCGUGAUGAAUCAAGGUUAGAUGUGCCAUUUGGUGGUAAAACUGUUGUACUUGGUGGUGAUUUUCGGCAAAUAUUACCUGUUAUCCCUAAAGGUAAUAGGCAUGAUAUAGUUAAUGCAACGAUCAAUUCAUCUUACCUUUGGAACAGUUGCAAAGUGUUGAGGUUGACAAAGAAUAUGCGUUUACGACAAGUGUCUGAGAAUAUGGCCACUGAAUUGGAAGAAUUUUCGAGUUGGAUAGCUGAUGUUGGAGAUGGAUUAAUUGGGAGUUGUGGUGAUGGUGUUUCUGUGAUUAGAUUACCUGACGAUAUUGUGCUUAAGAGUAAUGAUGAUCCGUUAAGAACUAUCGUAUCUAGCACAUAUCCGUUGUUCCAUAGUGAUAACUCUGAUUUGUCUUACUUGGAUAAUAGGGCAAUACUUGCUCCUACUUUAGAUGUAGUUCAUUCCAUUAAUGAAUACAUGAUUAAUUUCAGGGGUGGAGAUGGUAAAAUGUACUUUAGCUCAAACAGUUCUUGCAGAUCUGAUUCAGGUAGCAGCUUGAUCAACGAUAUUCACACUCCUGAGUUUUUGAAUAGUUUGAAGUGUUCUGGUUUACCAAAUCAUGAAUUGUUCUUGAAAGUUGGGACUCCAGUAAUGUUGUUGAGAAAUAUUGAUCAUCAUAAUGGGUUGUGUAAUGGCACUCGACUUGUGAUUACAAGGUUGGGUUCUCAUAUGUUGGAGGGAAAAUUACUAAGUGGUCACAAUGUUGGCCAAUUAGUUUUGAUCCCUAGGCUCAAUAUGAUACCUUCUGAUAUAAGAUUGCCUUUCAAAUUUCAAAGACGACAAUUUCCAUUGGUUGUUUCAUAUGCAAUGACCAUUAAUAAAAGUCAAGGACAAUCAUUGGCACAUGUGGGCUUGUAUUUGAAGAAACCUGUGUUCAGCCAUGGUCAACUUUAUGUUGCUAUCUCAAGGGUCACCAGUCGACAAGGUUUGAAAAUAUUGGUAUGUGGUGAUAGUGAUGAAGAAUGUAAUAGUACUGAUAAUGUAGUUUAUAAAGAAGUUUUUCGAAAUUUGUAA